AUGGAUCCCGAGGAGUACAGAAAGGCAGGCUAUGCCGCUAUCGACUACAUAAUCGACUACUUCAAGACCAUGGACGAGAGGAAAGUGGUCGCCGAUGUCGAGCCGGGAUACCUGCGCAAAUUGCUCCCGACCGAGAUGCCCGCCGAGCCCGAGAAGUUCGACGACGUGCAUCGGGAUUUCGAGUCAAAGAUUGUGCCUGGAUUGACGAAUUGGCAAUCGCCCAACUUUUUGGCGUUUUUCCCGUCAAAUGUGUCGUACCCGUCAAUGCUGGGCGAGCUCUACUCGUCGGCAUUCUCGGCCCCGGGAUUCAACUGGAUCUGCAGCCCUGCGAUGACCGAGCUCGAGACAAUUGUGCUGGACUGGCUCGCGAAGCAGAUGGCGUUGCCGAAAUGCUUCUUGUCGGACGGUGAGGGAAUGGGCAUCAUUCAGGGCUCCGCGUCCGAGUCGGUAAUCACAUGCAUGGUCGCCGCGCGCGACCGGUACUUGCGCGACGCGGUGGCGGCAAAGUACGAGACCGAGGAAGAGAAGGAGGAAGCGAUUGCUUCAGCGCGGGGAAAGCUGGUUGCGUUUGCGUCCGACCAGACGCACUCGUCCACGCAAAAGGCGGCGCUGAUUGCGGGCGUGCGGUAUAUCGCGAUCCCGACGUCGGCAGAGGAGGAGUACGCGCUGACGGGUGCGCGACUGGAGGCGGCGCUGGCGGAAGCCGAGGCGAAGGGAUUGAUGCCGUUCUUUUUGACUGCGUCGAUGGGCACGACGGCGGUGGUUGCGAUUGACCGGUUUGGGGAGAUUGCAGAGGUCACGAAGAGCCGGCCGCAGCUGUGGAAGCACAUUGACGCGGCGUACGCGGGGGCGGCCCUGGUGUGCCCAGAGCACCAGCACAUGCUGGACGGGGUGGAGGACAACUACGACUCGUUUGAUAUGAAUAUGCACAAGUGGCUGCUGGUCAACUUUGACGCGAGCUGCAUGUACGUGCGGCGACGGCGGGAUCUGGCCGACGCGUUGUCGGUGAUGCCUCCAUACCUGCGCAACUCGGUCUCGGACCAGGGAUUGGUGGUUGAUUUCCGCGACUACCAGCUGCCGCUCGGGCGGCGGUUCCGGGCGCUGAAGGUGUGGUUUGUGAUGCGGACGUAUGGAUCGAGCGGACUACAGGAGCACAUCCGGCGGACGAGCAAGAUCGGCGAGUUGUUUACGGAGCGGGUGCGCGCGCGGGCCGAUCUGUUUGCGAUAGUGGCCAAGCCGCGACUGGGCCUGACGGUGUUCCAGGUGGUUGCGCCGGGGAGCAGCGCGGGCACGGAGGCGACGAACGCGGUGUCGAAGAAGGUUGCGGCGCGGAUCGAGAAGGAGGGGCAGCUGUAUCUGACGUCGUCUACGGUGCAUGGAGCGUUUGCGAUGCGGGUGGUGACGGGGAGUCCGUGGGCUACGGAGGGGGCGAUGGAGGAGGCGUAUGCAUAUAUAGAGAAGGUGGCGGAGGAGGAGCGCAGUGAAUAG